AUUAAGAUCUAAAAGACUUUAUAUUUUAUUAUUUAUGCAUGCAAAGUUAAGCUUUAAUGGCUCUCUAUGCAACUUCACUAUUAAAAGUUAUUGAUAUUCAACUAUAUGUUUUGAAGUGGAAGUACGUGCACAAAGCAUUCAGUCAUAUAAAACAUAUCUCAUGCAUCAGACUCAAAACGCUUGGCAUCCCCUCUCUCUUAAUUUUAAAGAGUGUGGGUUGUUUAAGUUCCGGUUACAUUGGUGCACAUCUAUAAAGUUAAUCGUGAGUUUAUAUACAAUCAGUGCCAGUUUGAUGAAGAAAAGGGGAGGAGAUAUUUCUGAUCCAGAGUGACCCUGCCAUGCCCAAAACUUAAAUAUGCUUGGUACACCAGAGGACAAGCUCUGAAAUGCUCAGUGAGGAGGAGCAGAAGAACUUAACAGGAAUUUGCACGGUGAUACUGAAUGACCUUGAACUUCUGGUACUGAAAUAAUGAUGUGCCACUUUUCUCUGUGAGCUUCUUCUACAAGAGAUUUGAAGUCAGGCUGCACCUGUUGGCAGGACGCUGAAUUUUGUAUGCUAUUGCACAACUGGACGUAAAUUUUGAAACAGGUGUUGUCACAAUGUCCACCGGUUCGGUGAGUGAUCCUGAAGAUCUCCAAGAGCUGUCAAACACUCGUUAUUUAGAAAACUCAGAAGAUGAGUUCAGCAUGGAUGACAGUCUGAAAGGAAAAAGCAAAACAGUCUGUGACAAGAGCAACAAGCGACAAAUGAAGACGGCAAAGGAUAGCACAAAGUCUCAAAGAAACGCUGCGAAUGCCAGAGAGAGGGCACGGAUGAGAGUUUUGAGCAAAGCUUUUUCACGACUGAAGACCAGCCUGCCGUGGGUACCCGCAGACACAAAACUGUCAAAGCUGGACACGCUACGUCUGGCAUCCAGCUAUAUAUCUCACCUCAGACAGCUUUUACAAGAGGACAGAUACGAGAACAACUUUGUGCAUCCUGUAAACUUGACAUGGCCUUUCGGGGUCUCAGCUCGAUCAGAGGACACCAAAGACAUUUCAGCAGCGAUCAGACUAUGUGGAGCUACAGCAUAAACAUCUGGCACCUCUCUGUCUUUUAUCCCCCACCCCUCUUUUUUUACGGUCUCUGCCUAUGCACUUACUUUGAACUUACAUCAAUGGACAUUACACAGUAAA